AUGUGUUACAGGAUUAUCCAACUGCAGCAGCUAUGGAUUGAUGCCUUCACCGACCCACAAGCAAGCAUUCAAACAUUCUCUAGUUGCAUGACUUUGGCAGACUUGAAUGCUGAUGAUAACUGUAAACUCAUCUUGGCAGAUCUGGGUAGUGGGUCUACUCAUGUCAAACUCAAGGUUUACAAUGGCACAAACCUGGUCAGUGAAGUACCACUGCUGGAUGCCCCAUCUUCUCUGGUGUCCUUGUACACAGACAACAAUGAUCCUCACAUUCCUGGUAUCGCAGUGGCGUGUGGUGCCAACGUGCUGGUGUACCGCAACUGUAGGCCUUACUUCAAGUUCUCACUGCCGCUGGUGGACGGCAGCAGUCUGGAGGCAGACAUCUGGAGACAGAGGAGUCAGGUGACACAGCUGGUGAGACUGCUGGAGGACCUCAGUCGAGAGAUCGGCUACUCCAACCUGAGCGCUCCCUCACAGCAGCUGCUGGCGUUGGACCCAUCGGCCAGGGAGGAGUUUGCCUUCAAACACAGGCACUGCUCCAUCAAGAAACAGACCAUGAUCACCUGCAUGACAACUAUGAAGAAGAAUGUAGCAGAUGAUCAUGCCGUUUCCUGCUUAGUCCUGGCUACUGAGAGCAGUCAACUUUUUAUCUUGGACCCGGAAGCAUUUACUAUUGCUGACAAAUACCCUUUGAACUCCGUCGCUUAUCUACUGAGCGCCACAGGUCUGUACUCUGUCGACUACUGCGUGCUGAUGGUAUCACAGACAGGUUUUGUGUCUGUAAUGAAAGCUGGUGUAGUCUGUGGACUUGCUCAACUGUCUGCAUGUCCUAUAGGAAUAGCACAAGUCUUACGUACCUUCGUCGUUGCAAAUAUGGACAACACCCUCCAGGGCUAUUCUCUCAAGGGAACCAAGCAGUGGACAGUCAGUUUACCUGGAGCUCCAGUAACUAUGGCCUCAGUGCCUCUGACCAACCAAGCCCUGCACCUGGUGGCAGUGACCGUGUCUCUAGACUCAGGGGGUGGAGUGAUGCUGUACUCUGGACCUCAACUGAUGCACUCCUUCCUCACACCGCAGCCAAUCUCUGCUCUCGUCUUUGGCCGAUACGGGAGGGAGGAACACGCUCUUGUAUCUGUGUCUGACAGCGGCGCACUGUCUGUGAAGCUUCUCAAGAGAACCGCCCAGUUUGGCAGUGGAGAGAGACAGUCAUCUGUCCAGGACAAACCCCACAACAUCAAACUUCUGGUGCCCAAAAAGAGCAAACUGUUUGUGGAACAAACUCUGAGAGAACGGGAACAAUACAAAGAGAUUCACCAGUGGUUUCACAGAGCCUGGCUGGGCCUGAGUGUUUCUGCUAGUGAGGCGUAUGUCAACGCUCUGCGCAACGCAACUGUCUGUCAGCGGGAGGCUCUCAAACUCACUGCUCAGGUUUUGGGCCUUGGACCCAAGUUGAAAGUGCAGUUGUUUUUGGAGAACCUCGCCUCUGACUAUAUUCCUGCGGGACUUGCUGUCUCAAUCGUAUUUGACAGCAAUAUCUACACAGUUCAUCAACCUUACAUCCCGGUGCCAAUGUUGGUGUUUGGUCUGAGUUGUUGUCUGGAGACCCUAGUAACCUGUCAUCUAGCAGUGGCCGGUCAGUUGACUGUUUUGGUGUUUGCCCGUAAAAUAUUACUCUCAGCUGUCAUCAACAUGCCUUCUGCUGCCGUUCCUCCCUGAAGAAGUGCUGUCAAUACUUAGGACUAGAGAACCUUUAUACUUUAUCACUUGUGUAUUAGAAUGAUCAACAGUUAUUUA